UAGUCUUUUGAGAACAUUUUCCAGAAAAAAUUAAUGUGAUACGACCCUCUGUUAUGGAGUUAUGAAUUUUUAGAUAACAUGAGGACAAGAAUUUAGCCUCAAUGCUUAUCUUAUUUCUGUUAGUUAUGCACCAUUGACUUGGGUUGUUUGUAAUCACCUCAAGAUGUCUACCGAUUCGUGGAAAAGGCCUAUUGUUAAAGAACAAAAAACAGGCAGCUAAAAAUAAAACCUGUGGAAUUUCCUCAGCAUAAAAUUUCAAUUAUUGUACAACGCAACAUCAAGAAAUGAUCUUUGCAAUAUAAUUAGGUCCUACAGAGUGAAUUUUGUUGAGUGACACACGCAAACAAAAAUAGAUGGCACUCAAGGAGUUUCUGAAACAUGUCGACCAGACGUAUUGUAACCUUCACUCAGACCCAGACACUGUUGACCACAUAUACAGAGCAACAAAACAAAUCGUUCAACAUGUGAUGGAUGAGAUAGGAAGAAGAAAACCUCACCUGAAUAUCAAGGAAGUCAUAAGUGUUGGCAGUUUUGUAGAGGGAACCAAGAACUGUUCUCCAAAUGAGUUUGACUUUAUGGUGUGCUUUGAUUUCCUUUCUAGGAAGGAAAACAUAUGGAUAGAGGGUGUUGAUGGGUGUAAACCGGGCUACAUGGUAGCUUUUCUUAAUGUCAAAAGUGAUGAUGAUAGAAUGUUCUACAUAAUUAGACAGCUCUAUGAUGAUAUUUGCUGCAUUCACCAUGUGGGGGUGCGUAGAGAAUUCAUUAAGGUUCUCGGUGAGGUUAUUACGCCCUUGUCAAAGAAGAAAAUGUUGACACCACAAGGUAUCUUAGUCUUGAAAGGUUCAGAGUUUCUAGCUCUAAAACUAGAAUGGCACAAGUUCAAGGAUGAGUAUAAGGGACCUGAUAUUUAUAGUGGACUUUGUGAAAGGGACAUACAUUUAGAAACACACUAUUCACUGGAUAUUGAUGUUGAUAUAAUGCCAGCAGUUUCUGUAGAGGACUUUUCUCUUUUAAGUGACAUCCAUGGGUUCCCAACCCACAUAGCUGAAAUUCUGGAAAAUCGAAAGUUCCAUCUUGUGUGUAAAGAGUCAGGGCAAUCACCUAAUGCACCUUAUCUCCACAUUUCCCAUGCCACUACAGAGGUCUUUCUGGUGAGCCAUCUCAACCCCAUCCACAAACAAUGCUACAAGUUGCUGAAGUAUAUUUUUACACAUGGCACAGAUACCAACAGACCAAUAAAAGACAUUAACUUGUCUUCUUAUGUGUUUAAAAAUGCAGUUCUUUUUCAUGAAUAUGACAAGCUGUGCUCAGGAACUCCAGAUACUGUGACAUGUUGCAUCGAGAUUAUACAGUACAUCAGAGCCACAUUAAGGCAGGGCGUGUUUCCUUCAUUCCUGAUGAGAACAAUGAAUGUGUGGGGCCAGUACUAUAAAGUUCCAAUUGCUUCUGGCUGGAGGCCAACAGAUCUAGAUGAAGAAAUUAAUAGGUUUGACUGGUCCCUUGUGCUGUGGUUUCAGCUUUGGAGGCAAUUUCUCGGCAAGGCACUAACAAUUUUUCAAAAAAUAGAAAUGCAGUUGCCAACAGCAGAACCUGAAUCCCAGGAAAUCAGCAUUUCACCAGAGGAUCCGGUGUCAAACUGCCAUGAAAUAGUAAUAUAUGUUUCAAAUAAGUAUGAACCAUUUCUUAAAGAGUUUGCUAUUUUGAGAAAGGAUGCAUCAGUCAUUAUAACCGAGUAUUCUAAGACUAUAUAUGACAAGACAGAAAGUGUACCGGGCAAGCCUCCUUCAGAAAGAAUUUGGGAGUUGGUUCUGCCUAAAUUUCCAGAAUAUCUCAUUAGAAUUGAAAGAAAGUGUAGUAGGAAAUUAAGCAUCCCAAAAGAAAAUUUUGAUGAAGUGAAAAUAUUGGACAGUUGAGAAGCCUUUCUGACUAGGAAGCACCACAAUUUCCAAAGUCACACUAAGAGUGGUUUUUUAUAUACCACAUACAUAGAUUCUAGGCAUCUGAUUGGUUAAGAAGCAGGCAAUAGAAACUAUAGAAAGUAUGUACUAUUUCCCUAUGGCAUAGCACUUUUUUGUCCUGCCGCGCGAUGUGCAAUCUCUAGGCUGCAUUGCUAUGUACAAAUGGUAAAGGAGACACGACCUCUACGACGCUGAGGGAGAUUGGCUCUCUGACUGUCUAGGCCUAGUAAGUAAGCCUCCUAAUUAUUGUGUGUUCAAUUUUCAUUAAUUUUUUAGGUCUCGUAGAAUCUAUGUAUGAGGUAUAUAAAACAAAUAUUGACCGCUCUAGAUAUGGGGAGCGGAGAAAUCUAUAGCAAAAGAAAUGUUUGUAUAAUAUAUCUGCAUGUAUUUUUAAUAUUACUUAAUCACAUAUAGCUACUCUGUAAAUUUGAGAUAGGUGGGUGGGUGUGGAAAUAAUACCACAUAACUUAUAAAUAUCAAUGUGUAUUGAAGAUACAUUUGUGAAUAUUAUUAUUCAUCCAGGUAAGUAUAGUAUCAAUGUAAGGAAAUAAAUCUUUUCUACUGGACUUUGCAUGUAUUAUCCCUCACAGGGAAAUAGGCUGGUUUUGGUAUUGGGGGAAGGGGGAUGUGAAAAAUAAGAAUUCCUGUUUAACAUGCCCUGAUCAUCACAAAAACCCAUACAAACCAGAAUUAAUAUUGUCAGCAUGUGACGAAAUAUCCACAUGAGUGUCAGUUGCCAUGGUAACUGCGUGUCGUGCUGGGAUUACAAAGCCCUAAUUAUUUUUUGCACUAACAUUGACUGAAAUUAUAUUCCUUAUUUCUUUAUUUAUGAUCAGGUGGGGUCGGGUGGUUCAUGAGACUCACUUCGCAGAAAAAUUAAAUAAAUGUUUAUUUUGUACAUUUUAGUCCAACACUGUCAAAAUUACAGUUUAAUGUUAUAUAAGAACAAGAAUUUUAUUACAAAUCAUAAAUUUUCAUUUGCCAUAACUUUUAAUUUUGUUGAUCAAUUUUCAAGAAUCAAAUUGUAGUUUACAGAAGCACUUAACAAGCUUGUGGUCAAAAGAAGUCAGAUGUAACAGACAAUAUUGCGGAUUACCCAAAAAUUAAUAAAAUGGUAACUAAAACUGUAAAAUGUGUGGCACGCAUAGACUAAUAAUUGACGGCUGUACAGGUAAAACUAAUCUUGGAUUGCCGAUGCCACAGUUAAAAUCAAAGGACUAUACACAAACGCUGUGUUCGCUAGUGGAGAUGUGCAUCCUGUUGUUGAAUUGCCUUGAUAUAUGCAACUUAGUGAGAAAGAUACAUACACUUUACUCAACUCAUGUUUUGCUUGGCCAAUUUUACUCAACUCAUGUUUUGCUUGGCAUAAAUAUCAACAAUUCUCUGAAAGUACCUGUACAGUAUAUGACAGAUAACAUUGAAACUUAUAUACAGUACAUACAUACAUUAUUUAAGAAUUUUACUUCAUUAUUAUAAUUAUCAUAAUGAUUCAUAUCAUAUGGCAAGGCCAAUUUCCAUAUGUUUACAGUGUGAAAUUGCAAUCAACCUACUGGUUGGCUUUGCUAUGUGAUAAUGAACAAAUUCAUGUUAAGUACUGUAAUCAGUAACCACAACAGGAAGAAUAACAUAUUUAGGGAAAUUAGAAUAAAAUUUUAUUUGAAUACAGUUAAUUUAUUGCAUAAACAUACAAAAAAAAACCUGUGGAAAUUAAAGAAAAAAGCUGAAUUUAGACUUCCUUGGUGCCAUCAUCAUUAUGGUUCUUCACCAUGAUAAUGAAUAUUGAUGAUGGGAGUAAUAAUGAUGACAAGAAUGAUAACUUACAAACUUUGAGUUGUCUCUAUUGCAAAUGAAUAAUAUUAGCAUUUGUAGCCAUUAAUUUAUUUAUUAUACUGCAUCAUAACCUCCAAAUGGUAAAUUU